AGCCGCAGCAAGAAGAAGAAGGGAGAAGAAGAAGGAGGGAGAAGAAAGAAGCAGUCCACGCGCUGGUCUCCUACUUCUCUUCCCCGCGCUUUCGUCCCCCGGAGCUUGCAGUCAAAACUUUCAAGCGUCGUGCAUGGAACAACUCCCUCCUCCAUACAUCGCUUAAGCCUCUCUCUCUCUCUCUCUCUCUCUCUCUCGCUAAAACGCCAGAACCCAGAAGAAGCCCGGAUAGAUAGAGAGAGAGAGAGCGCGCGUCUCUUGAUCGAGGAUGGGGAAUUGCUGGGGAGAUUCGUCGGCGGAAGAAAGCCACGCCCCCCAUAAGCGACCUCCGCAUCCUCCAGAAUCGAGGAAGAGCAACUCCAACCACAACAAGCAGGACGCAUUUCUGAGAAAAAAAGCCGGCGACGGCGGCAAUAGCAGCCACAACGGCGCCCUCAGGAACGGCGGCGGCAGCGGCGGGGAGAACGAGCAGAAGACCCCGCCAUCGGCCCCCAUCCCCGUCCCCGCCUCGAAGGCAUUACUGCCGAACUUGAAGAUGUUCACGUUCGCGGAGCUGAGGAGCGCGACCCGGAACUUUCGGCCCGACACGGUGCUCGGGGAGGGCGGCUUCGGGAGGGUGUUCAAGGGCUGGGUCGAGGAGGGGACGUACAAGCCGUCGAGGGUCGGGGUCGGGAUACCGGUCGCCGUCAAGAAGUCGAGUCCUGAUAGCCCCCAAGGUCUGCAAGAAUGGCAGGCAGAAGUGAAGUUCUUGGGCAAAUAUUCACACCAAAACUUGGUCAAAUUGAUUGGUUACUGUUGGGAAGACACACAGUUCCUCCUCGUAUAUGAAUACAUGCAGAAAGGGAGCUUGGAACACCACCUCUUCAAAAGGGGUGCGGAACCGUUGCCUUGGGAUGUCCGGCUGAAAAUCGCGAUCGGAGCGGCGCGAGGGCUCGCCUUCCUUCACACCUCGGAGAAAUCCGUGAUCUACCGCGAUUUCAAGGCCUCCAACAUUUUGCUGGAUGGGGAAUUUAAUGCAAAGCUUUCGGAUUUUGGGCUAGCAAAGUUGGGCCCAACAGAUGGCAAUACCCAUGUCUCCACUCGUAUAAUGGGCACCUAUGGCUACGCAGCCCCCGAAUAUAUGGCCACAGGUCAUCUCUACAUAAACAGUGACGUGUACGGCUUCGGAGUGGUGCUCCUGGAAUUGCUGACGGGCCUACAGGCCCUGGACUCGAAGCGGCCCAGCAGCCAGCACAAUCUGGUGGAAUGGGCCAAGCCGUCCUUGUCCGAGAAGAGGAAGCUCAAGAAGAUCGUCGACCCGAGGCUCGACAACGAGUACCCGUCGAAAGCCGCGGCCCAAGUGGCCAAGCUCAUCCUCAAGUGCCUCGAGGGCGACCCGCGGAAACGGCCCUCCAUGGAAGACGUCCUGGCGACCCUGGAGCUGGUCAACACGAUCAAGUCGAAGCCCAGGGAAGUCCGGCCCAGGUCGGAGCAGCUCGCGUCGAGACACGGCGACCAACGGUCGCCGUUGCAUCACCGCCACCGCCACAACCACCACCGCCACCAACACCGGUCGCCAUUGCACCGCCGGGAAGGUCAGGAGGGCGGGUCUUCCUCGGCGAGAUCGCUCUAGACAUGGAGAGAGCGAGAGCGGAUGUACUAAUUUUGGCGUCACUUCCAUUCAAUUUCUAUAGAGGUGUAGUUUAUUGUGUAUCGGGUCGUAUCGGCGCUCAAUAAAGUGAUACGAUGUACGAUGUAUGAUUACAUGUAUAGCGAAACAAUUCAUUCGGAGACUCCGGUCUCUCCUUAGCAAGAAAAGGCACGGCCCUAGUGUCUUUCCGGAUCAGUCCCUUCCUAAUGCAAAGCUUCCUAUACAUACUUUGGGGUCUAUCUUAGAAACU